GCGCAGGCAUCCGAGAAAACAUACUUUAACAGUGACUCCUCGGGUAGCACCACCCCAGAGGAGAGAAGUCCAGGGUUCGUGACAAUGGAGACCUCCCAUGCCCGCACCCCGCGCUCCUGGCGCCAAAGACUGUUGCCACACAUGAUUCCAGGCCAGCGUGCUAACCAUCCACCCACCAGACCGGCUCCCUCUUCCUCUCAGCAAUUCCCGAAUGAGGCGCGCAGUGCCUCCGACCCCGUCGUAGCCGCCAAGGGCCCCUCAGGAGGACUUACUCAAAGCCAGUCUACACCCUCGAUCAUGGCCGGUCCGUCGAGCGUGCGGGCAGAGCCCGCCAAGGGUCCAGCGAGAAACUCUUCCCUGGAUUCCGCCAUUUCUCAAAUUUCAUCGAGGUCGACUCCGAAUAAGACGCCGCAGGACGCUGCUGGGUCGACGGAUAUUGCACACCUAAUCAAGACGGCCGGCAGUGCCGAAGCGGUCAUUCAGUACUUGUUGAAGGAAAAACAGUCCCAAUCGCAACAAAAUUCGCAGUUAUGGCGGCUUGUCGACAAGCAAAGGGCCAUGAUUCUGGGCCUUAAUAAGGAUCUGGAGCGGGCGUUGAAGGACAAAGAAAAGUACAGGAAAAAGCUGAAGGAAGUUCUAGGUGACGCAGAAGCACCGUUUGUCCCGGCCGUUCCAGCGACGAGCUCCAUGCAAGGGCCAGCCAGACACGAAACCGGCGAAGCGAGUGCCAUUCCAAAGGAGCGGGUGUUGGAAGUUCCUGCGUCACCAGGCUUGGACGCCCCAAAGCAUUCGCCGAUUGAUGUUUCGAUGGCCCCGUACCCAAUCACUCCGCCGGCCGAUCAAAUGACUUUGCUUCUGCCGCCAUCAACCGUUGGCGAUUUGCUUGACCCGUCUCAUUCGAUGCCAAAGGCAAGCGAGCACGCCCUCGACCAAUACGACCACGAGGCCCAAGAAAGAGAAGCCGAAGAGGCUGCUAAGGAGACAACCGACGAUCAAGUUGACUUGCGCAUCAACCUCGAUUUACCGCCCUCUCGUCAGACACCCCGAGAACCCCCCAAGAUGCCCCCGCCAAAAUUGCCUGUCGGAUUGCCAGAUCGGUCGCCCAAGCCGGAAGACGGCGUCUCGAAGUUCCCGUUACCCCCUGCCCCACCGCCACGGAAACCACCUCCGGCACCGCUCCAAUUGAAUAAUAUGAAUCCAAGGCCGGCGAUAGUUGCGCCGGAGGAGGCUGAGACCGAUACAGAUUACGACGAUAUACUAGAAGUAGAUGAGAUUCCGCAUCAUGAACGGAGAGGACGCCGAAGGACACGAGAAGAGGACGAGCGAGACCGUGAGAUCAUGGCCCAAAAGGAGGCCGAGAUGCGCAGCUUGUCCAAGAAGAGCAAAAAGAGCAGCAGUCGGAAGAACACACCAGAAGAGGAGCCACCACUUCCCGCGGAGAUGCCCGAGAUGCCCGCGAGCCCUAGGUUGGUUCAGACUACCAAGGUGCUCCCACCUCGGGAACCAGCGUCUCUGGCUGGUGUUCUCAGUGGGAACUCGGAUUCUCUGGCACCGCCCAUGGCAUUGAUGAGCCCAGGUCUUCCCGCGAGCCCAAGGCCGAUGCCUCUGAAGUCACCAGUUACUUCGCCACCGCUCUCACCCUUGGGGAUUUCAACAUUUGCCGGAGCACCUUUAUCUCCUCGACCACCACGUGCGCCCAUCCCACUCCCUCCCAAUACCCCUCUAUACUCACCAGGACCUGUAGGAGAACCAUUAGCGCUCAAAUCACCAAGGCCGCUCCUCAUCGUCAAGCAAGAGGCCCAAAUCAGUGGUGAAGCUAGCCCAACCAGUUCUACCAUGGAUAGCCCUCUAGAAAGAACCAAGAUUUUCAAGGGCUUUGUGACGGAGGAGUACCCAGACCUCCUGCUUCCACCCAACGCCCUUCCUCACAUCACUCUCAAGGUUGCAUCUUCGCGGAUGAAACCUUCGAGGGCCAGUCUGCUUUCUUUGACGCAGCUCGAAGAGGACCCCGUUUUCACACUGGCGGUUUCGUCAAGGGCUGAUGGUGGUGAGCUGUGGCGGGUUGAGAAAGACACUGCGUCACUUGCGAAGCUGGACUCGAGGCUUAAGCAAUGUCCCGCAUUUACUGCCAAGACUCCAGACAGAUCUCUUUUCAGCGGUCAUGCCCCUGCCAAACUUGAUGCUCGGCGUGUGGCCCUGAAUCAAUAUCUGGAGGAAUUGCUCAACACGCCCCUGGAUACCGCCACAGCACUCGAGUUGUGCAAGUAUCUCUCUUCCAACACUUUGCCACCCAACGCAGAUGAGACUGGAAGCUCGAGAAGUGACGCCAAUCCCGAAUUGCAACGCACUGGGCCAGGCGGCAGACCUUUCCGGACUGGGUAUUUAACCAAGCGAGGCAAGAACUUUGGCGGUUGGAAAGCCCGGUAUUUUAUCCUUGACGGGCCACUACUCAAGUACUAUGAGACACCAGGCGGUGCACACUUGGGUACAGUAAAACUCCAAAAGGCUCAGAUUGGAAAGCAAUCUCAUCACAACAACGACGGCUCCCCCGCUCGUCCCAAAGACGAUGAGGCUGAGAACCAGUACCGCCAUGCUUUUCUGAUUUUGGAACGGAAAAAGAAAGACCCCAACAGCACCACGAGGCAUGUUUUGUGUGCUGAGAGUGAUCUGGAGCGUGAUCAAUGGGUCGAUGCUUUGCUUCGCUGGGUGGAUUAUGAGGAUCCAGAGGACGAGGAUAACGCGAAGAAGGAACACCCUCACGAUCGACACUCGGCACACGCCGACCGUGCCAACGCCUCGAAGAAGAAGGGUCAAGGCAAGCAGAAUUCGAUUGCUGACGAUAAGCUCAUCGGAGUCAGCUAUGAGGCCACGAGGCAAGGCGAUUCUCCCCAAGGCGUGCCUAUCAAGGGUGCGCCAUCCGGGCAAGAUCACGAAUCGACUCACAGCCAGUCAACGGCAUCUUCGUACACGAUCUCUGGACCUCGGGAUCCCCAGAUGAUGACAUCUUCUGAAUCGUGGGGCAACAAGCUUGCCAUGGCCACUCAACAGCUUAGCCAGGAGGAGAAGAAGGCGAGGAAACGCAGCUUUUUCGGAUUCGGUCCCAAGGCCAGAAACUCCGGUGAUGGACAAGAUUCAAUCUUUGGUAGUGACGGUGGCAGCAUUGCCAACGGACAGACUGGCAACGGGUACAACGGCCCUGUGCGCCAGGUAUUUGGUGCCAGUCUUGCCGAGGCCGUGCGCUACUGUGCCCCAGCUGACGUUCGGGUACCGCUCCCUGCUGUCGUCUACAGAUGCAUCCAAUAUUUGGAGCACAAGAAUGCCACCUCUGAGGAGGGCAUCUUCCGUCUUAGCGGGUCCAGCGUCGUCAUCAAGCAGCUCAAGGAACGUUUCAAUACCGAGGGCGACAUUAAUCUGGUGACCGAUCCGCAGUAUUACGAUAUUCAUGCGGUUGCGUCUCUGCUCAAGCUCUACCUCCGCGAGCUUCCGAUUACGAUCCUGACAAACGAUCUGCGUCUGGAGUUCAUCGCCACCAUAGAAAUCACGAACCAGAAGCAGAAGCAUGCUCUUUUGGCCGAGCUUGUGGAUCGUCUCCCUCAAGCCAACGCUGCUCUUUUGAAGUAUUUAAUUUCGUUCUUGAUCAAGAUCAUCAACAAUGCCAGCGUCAACAAGAUGACAGUGCGAAACGUCGGCAUUGUUUUCUCCCCGACCUUGAACAUCCCCGCUCCUAUCUUUGCAGCUUUCUUGCAGAACUUUGAGCCCAUCUUUGGCGUCGACCCUACUGAAUAUGAGCUGCCUACCACUGAGCCCGACAAUCUUCAGCCACAACCGCGCCGCCCAUCACUCCCAUCCUCCUUCACCUCGGAUGCGCCACGGCGUCCUUCGGAUCCAAGGCCGUCAACCUCGCACAGUGAUUCCCCUCACAGACACCGUUUAAUGGAGUCGUUGGAUAGUCUGCCAAACAGGAGCACGCCCACGCCACCUCCCCUGUCGAUGCAGCAAAUGGCACAGAUGAAUGCUGCGACAAUGCACUCGAGGAGCACGCCCACCCCUCCACCUCAGCGCCCGGGUGUGGUGUACGAGCCCCAGCUCAUGGCGCCACCCCAGCAACAGCAGCAAGGGGGUCACUUUUCCAUGAGGCCAGCGUACGAAGGCAGUUUCAAUGCGCCCCCUCCCAACUUUGACCCUACGCAGAUGCAGCAUCCAGGGGCGUUGAGGCCAUCACCGGGUUAUGACAGGCCGGUGUAUGAGAGCGGAUUGUCGCCAGCGCCGUACGAUCACUCUUAUAAGAAUAGGAGGGAGAGCUCGAUGUUUAUGGGGAGUUUGAAUCAGCAGCCGAGUAAGAGUCGGUUGAGAGAGUGA